GGUUCCUGCUCUUGGCUUUACCAACCGAAGCCAUGUCCCUCUGCUUGGAUCUCUGCAGAACUUCCAGCCUUCAGGAAUUUGGGCAGAGUGGCACCGACAUCACCAGCAGAGGCUGCAGCGACUGACACUCCCUUCCUAGGCAAUCUUGUGACUCAGAGCAGACCCAGCUCCACUUUUAAAAAGGAAGCAACACUGAAGACCCACAGGAGCACAGCACCCAAACCCAGCAGUAGGGCUCAUCCCUCUAUAUUGCAGAUGGUCUUUCCUAGUGGACAGAGCCAGCAGUCUCAGCCGCCAUGCUGCCUUUCACCUUCAUCCUCUUCCUUCUUCCUUCUGACUGUCUCCUGGGAGGACAUGGUGACCUCGGGCAGAAACUGAAAGAGUUAAAGACCGAAUUUGCAGUUCGCCUCUACCAGAGCUUGACAGGAAGUGGAAACAGGACGAACUUGGUCAUCUCUCCAGCCAGCGUGUCUAUCCCUCUGGAGAUACUGCAGUUUGGAGCCCGAGGAAACACCUGCUUGCAACUUGAAAGGGCCUUGGGGUAUACAGUUCAUGGCAAACGGGUGCAUGAUUUCCUGCGCACUGCUCAGGCAGCAGCUAGCCCUUCCAGCCCAGGGACCACCAUUCAGCUGAUGUGUACCUUUUUUGUACAAACGGGAACUCAUCUCUCCUCUCGUUUCACUGAGCACAUCUCCCUGUGGGCCAACAGCAGCCUGUCAACAAGUAACUUCAGUGGACCUCACAGGACAACGGCUCAGAUCAAUAGGUUUGUUGCAGAUGAGAAAUCUGGAAAUGUCUCCUUGGAAAGGAUCUAUUCAGCACUUGCUCAGAUUGCCCUAGUGAGCACCAUGUCUUUCCAGAGCAUUUGGCACAAGAGAUUCUCCUUCACAGACACCCAAGUGUUGUCCUUUACUAGCAUGGAAGGUCUCAUCCUCAGAGUGCCCAUGAUGUACCAGUCUGCUGAUGUCAACUACGGCCAGUUCCAAAUCACAACUAAUGGACAAGUUGGGGUACUUGAACUGCCUUAUCGAGGAAGCUCAGUGAGCCUGUUCCUGGUACUCCCUUGGAACAAGACAAUCCCUCUGGCUCUACUUGAGCCACACCUCACUGCCAGUGCCAUUCACAUCUGGACAAAUAGCCUAAAGAGACUAAAGAUGGACGUUUUCCUGCCUAGGUUCAGGAUCCAAAACCACUUCAACUUAAAAGAUGUUUUAAGGCCUUUGGGGAUCACAGAUCUGUUUGAUCCAUUCAAAGCUAACUUGAAAGGAAUUUCAGGCCAAGAUGACCUUUACGUUUCUGAUGCAAUCCACAAUGCCAGAAUUGAAGUUUUGGAAAAUGGCAUCAAGGCAUCUGGGACAACAGCUCUAUUGUUACUAAGAAGAUCAAGGACUCCAAUUUUUAAGGCAGACAGGCCAUUCAUCUUUUUCCUGAGAGAAUCGAAUACAGGUAUUUCGAUAAUUUCUUUAAAGGAAUUUCAUGAGAAAAACUACAUACACAUUAGGACUAGGCUCUCCAAUCUAAACAAGGGCUCACCUGUUUUAUUGUUUGAGUUAAUGUGUCACACAAUUAAAUGA